AUGGAAUCCCACCGCCUUAGCAAGCAGAUCAGGCUUUUGGACCAGGACGAGACCGAGUUCCUCGAAGCCAUCGACGACCAGGAGCACGAGAAAAACAUGGCCAAACGCCGCAGAGACAUGCUGGAAGCCGCUGAAUUCCAGCGCAUGGUCGCUGAGAAACGCACCAAGGAUGUGCCAAAGAAAUCCACAGCGAAGCGGCCUGUGGCCAAGUCGCUUGUGAGCAGAAUUGCCGUGGUUGUCAAGGAAGUCAAGGCAGAGCCCAAAGAACCCAGACCAGAGCCAAAAGUUGUUCCCAAAGAGCCCAGUGGCCAGGAAAACCCGCUGAGUGUGCUAGCCUCAUAUCCGAGCGACAGUGAAACUGAAUCCGAAGAGUGA